GCGCCAAUAGCGUUCUUCGGAGGCCUGAGUUUAGGUUUCGUCAUCCAAAUCCACCAACUUCCCCACAACCUUACCCACAACAUCUCACUCAAACUUUACCUCGUGCCUCGGGUCGUCGAACCACCUCACGCCAUGGCAAGCACAGCAUUUCGAUUCGUCGCAGGAACCAAGAAGUCUCCCCUUGGAACCCUCUUCCUGCAAUGCCACGUUAAGCCGGGUGCAUCUCGAGUUCGCGAGGGCGUCACGGCCGUGACCGACGCGACCGUCGAGCUGUGCGUCUCAGCGCAGGCCAGAGAAGGCGAGGCGAACAAGGCAGUUGUGAAGCUGCUUAGUGAGGUCCUAGGGCUUCCAAAGUCCGAUCUGACCAUCACUCAGGGGCUCAAGUCAAGAGACAAGACGGUCGCCGUUGGCAACGUGAAGGAUGGCGAUGGAUUCACUGCGAUGGUCCGAGAGAGACUUGCCAAAGCUGCUGAGGAUGACUGA